AUGCUUCGCGCCACUUUCUUCUUCUUCUUCUUCACGUCGUCUCCUCAUCACUUGGUGUCGCCACCGCCGCCGCCGCCGUCUUUCGCCACCGCAGCGUCCUCCAAGCGGUCCUGCGCCGAUUUCUACACUGUUGUUGUUACUGGUUGCAUCUAGAUCCUAUAAGUUUCACGUGGGUAUUCAGAAGCCUCAUUGAUCAGAUUGCCUCAAAGUUACAAUGACUGAUUCCACGUCUAGGAUAUGUGUGAAGAAUUUGCCCAAGUUCAUAGAUGACAAUCGCCUUCGUACUUUGUUCUCUGAUAAAGGAGAGAUUACAGAUGUUAAGCUUAUGCGGACCAAGGAUGGGAAGAGCCGACAAUUUGCUUUCAUUGGGUUUCGCACGGAGCAUGAAGCUCAAGCAGCGAUACAUUAUUUCAACAAAUCUUUUCUCAGUACUCACAGGAUCGCCUGUGAGAGUGCAUGGAAAGUUGGGGAUCCAAAAAUUCCCCGACCUUGGAGUAAACAUUCGAAAGAAAAGAAGGGCAUUAAGGAUGGGAUGGAAGUAGAAGAUGACAAAAAUUUAAGUUUUUUGGGGUCUAAAGAAGAGGGUGAUGACCUUAAAUUGAGUAUUCAAGAUGAUGACCCUAAAAUCCACGAGUUUCUUCAAGUGACACAACCUCGGGUUAAUUCAAAAGUGUGGGCAAAUGACAUUUUGAUGGCUCCAGAAACUGAUCAAAACGGAAAAGGAAAGGAGAAACCAAGUCACAUGAAAAAGAUAGAUGGAAACCAACUGAAGUUGGUGAAUGUUGAUGGAGAUAAAGCUGAGGAAAUGAAAACUUCAUUGCAUACUAACUCUGCCCAUGAUGAUAAAAUUUCGGAUAUGGAAUAUUUUAACAGCAGGGUGACGAAGAAAUGGUCAGAUUCAGAGACCAGUGAUGACGAUAAUAUUGAUGAGGAUGCUAAAAAUGAGGAUGAAACUAUAAAGAAAAAAUUGGAGAUGAAGGAUGUUCAGAUGGUAGAUUCCGAGUUACCACUAGAAACAGAGGCCGAAGAAGAGGACCAUUCCAAUCAUUGUGAUGCAGAUUUACUCCACAUGGAGGAAUCCUCUUCAAUUCUGGAAGAUAAGAAGGAUGAAAUGCUGGAGAAUGGGAGACUCUUUGUUCGUAAUCUUCCAUAUGCAGCGACCGAAGAAGAGUUAGAAGAGCACUUCCGAAAAUAUGGCACUGUCUCGGAGGUACAUCUUGUAGUUGAUAAAGAUACAAGACGUUCUAAAGGCAUUGCUUAUAUCCUUUACAGUCAUCCAGAAUUUGCAAAAAGGGCACUUGAAGAAUUGGACAGUUCAAUUUUCCAAGGGCGAUUAUUGCAUGUCAUGCCCGCUCAACUGAGGAAAACAUUCGAGAAACCAGAGGAAAAUAUUUUAGAGGACCAAAGGUCAAAAUCCUUCAAGAAAAAGAGAGAGGAAGAGAGAAAAGCGUCUGAAGCUAGUGGCAAUACAAGAGCAUGGAAUAGUUUAUUCAUGCGCCCUGAUACAGUUGUUGAAAAUAUUGCUAGAAAAUAUGGUGUUAGUAAGGGUGAGUUAUUGGACCGGGAGUCUGAUGACCUUGCUGUACGAGUUGCUUUGGGUGAAACUCAAGUAGUUGCAGAGACAAAGAAGGCUCUCACAAAUGCUGGAGUAAAUGUUGCAUCUUUAGAGGAAUUUGCUUCUGGUAAAGUUGAUGGACACAAAAGGAGCAAUCAUAUUCUUCUUGUGAAAAACUUGCCUUAUGGUUCUUCUGAAGGAGAACUUGCAAAUAUGUUUGAGAAAUUUGGGAGUCUGGACAAGAUCAUUCUUCCACCAACAAAGAUAUUGGCUUUGGUUAUUUUUCUUGAGCCAUCUGUAGCCCGUGCUGCUUUUAAAGGUUUAGCAUACAAGCGUUACAAGGACGCUCCGUUAUAUCUGGAAUGGGCUCCUGACAAUAUUCUUUGUCAAAAUCCAAUGGAUGGCAAUGUGAAGGACGAGAAAGUUGGUGAAGGUGAUGCUAGGAGGGUGAUAUUGGAGCAGGCAGUGGAUGGAAUAUCAGAUGUUGAUUUUGACCCUGACAGGGUUGAGUCACGAUCUCUUUUCGUCAAGAACCUCAAUUUUAAAACGUCUGACGAAAGUUUGAGAAAGCAUUUUAGUGAACACAUGAAAGAGGGAAGAAUAUUGAGCGCCAAGGUAAAGAAGCAUAUAAAAAAAGGACAGCAUGUUUCAAUGGGUUUUGGAUUUUUGGAAUUUGAUUCGGUGGAGACUGCCACAAGUGUCUGCAAUAAUUUGCAGGGAACUGUUUUGGAUGGCCAUGCCGUCAUGUUACAAAUGUGUCAUGUCAAGAAGGAUAAUCAAGGGCAAAGAAAAGUAGAUAAGGAAAAGAGUUCGACAAAAUUACUCGUAAGAAAUGUGGCUUUCGAGGCGACAGGGAAAGAUCUAAGACAACUAUUCAGUCCAUACGGACAGAUUAAGAGCUUAAGACUGCCAAUGAAGUUCGGAAAGCAUAGAGGCUUUGCAUUUGUGGAGUUUGUAACAAAGCAGGAAGCACAAAAUGCAUUUCAAGCACUUUCAAACACCCAUUUGUAUGGCCGACAUCUUGUCUUAGAGAGAGCGAAAGAAGGCGAGAGCUUGGAAGAACUGAGGGCCCGAACGGCUGCUCAGUUUAGCAACGAUCAAGACAAGUCUCAACAUCCAAUUUUGUCUAAGAAGAGGAAGCAGAGGGCUGAGUAAAUCAUAUAUAAGGUUCAUGGUAGUUUGGAUGAUUAUAUAUAUGAUCAAUUUUGUAUUUGCUUAUUAGUUGUAUCAUAUGCUGUUUUGUUCAGUGGGAGCUGCUUCCCUCAUACUGUACAUGAACACACACACACACACACAGUUCAGGUCAUUACAUAAUCUCUUUUCUUUGUUUCAUAAUAA